UUCGUUGAGUUUCGGGAGCUCCCGGUUUUGUGGAUGAAACGGGCUUCUUUUGCUGAUGGACUCUAACUUCUACGGAUUACUACUUACUACUACUACUACUACUAUUACUACGAUUACUACUAUCGCGGUACGGUUGUUUGUGUUUCAUCGCAAGUAGUCAACGGUGUCAAUUUUUGUGCGUCCAGCUCUAUUCGUUCGAAACUGUGUUGAUGAUUUGUGUUCUGGUUCUUCACGCAUCAGUUUCCGAAUUUAAACAUUGCUAACCGUAUAGCCGUAGCGUUAAGUGUUUUGUGCGAGAACUAGCACCUCUCAGCUUGCUACCUUGUUCGCGGAACACAAAAAAGUUACUAAGCAGGGACUGGGAAUUCUUCAUGUCCAGUGUCCGCAGUGUGCACGUGCUCGUUCGCAGUGGUUCGCCAAACAAUUCCAGCCAAUUCUUCUCGCUCGCUCACUGUCUGGAUGAAAGUGCUUUGGUAUCUGUGUCACGUUCGGGCGUAAAAUUUAUUCCAUCCUUACGGGUAUCCUGGCAGGGGCGUAUUCUCCAGAGUAUCUAACACGCGUAUCCCAGCACGUACGGUGGUGGUGCGGAUAUAAAACUGGAUGUAGCCUUUCGGGUACGCAUCAGCUACACCGGAUCUUAUUGCGAGCAAAAUUGAGAAACAGUUCCCCCCCUAACGAGGAACAGAAGGUGAGGAAAAAUCAACAGACACCAACAGUAGUUUGCGGGAAGCAAGCGCACUGAAAUACUGUUGCAUUUCGGAAGGCACGGAACAAACCAUCUUCAAAGUCCUAUCGGUUCCAGAAGUGGCACCGGAGUAUUUAUCUCCUGCUGUGAGCAAAUGCAACCAGUAGUAUUGAUUUACGCCGUGUUGGUCGUGAGAUAAAAUAAAACCAGAAAAAAAGGAAUCGAAACAAUCCGAUGUAGUAACUCCACGCCAUGGAUCAUUUCAGUCGACCUAAGGGCAAGGCACUGAUCGGCAAUUGAUGCACUUGUACGCUGACAGCAGUAUUUAGAAGUACCUGAACGUAAUCCAUACCAAGUUUCGAGAUCAUUUAGCGUCCCUGUUUGGUCACACGACAUACCCCGGGGGGAGUAGUAGAAACCCCGGAAGCGCUGUUAAGUUUUCCCGACACCCAUUUUCAUUGAACUCCGCACGCUCCUCACUUCACACAACUCAAAAUGCCCCGCUGUUUGAUGGCAAAAAAAUGGAAAGCCUAUCCAUGGCCGGACCGAGCAGAAGAACAACCGACCGCUGAGCAAGAACUGGACUCGAACACCUCCACAACCGGCACAAGCAAUCCACUGCACCCGGUACCAUCUUCACCAUCCACGACGGAACGAACCGGUAGUAGAAGUAGUAGCAGCAGCAGCAACGAUACUACCAGCACAUCCAGCACGUCCACGACGGUUGCGCCUGAAUGUAGUCAACCGCAGGGCACGGCCCAAGGACCGGCCGAACUCGUCGAGGAGGAUGAAGAAAUAGACGUCGUGGGUGAUUCACCGGCAGCGGCGACGGCUACCGCGGCCAGCAGCAAGACCACCGGCAGUACGGUAGCCACCUGUUGGGGUCCAUCCUCACCGACUGCCGGUGCAACGGCACCGAGUCCACCGCCUCACUCGCCGGAAGCGGCCACGCGCGAAUCAACCAUCCUGUACAACGGUUAUGGGCAGGACAUUUCACACCACUUUACCGCCUACCUGCCCAAGCUGGAUCCGGAGUCGUCCAGCUACCAACAGCAGCAACAGUCUUCGUCUCAGCAACAGUUCAUCGCACUCGCGCCCUUAUGUGCAACGCCCUCAACCACCUCCGCAUCGCCGAGUGCGAGCAGUGCCGGAGCCGAGAGUCCGCAGCGAUCUCCAUCCCAGAAGAAAUCCCUCGCCAUGUGCUUCACCAGCACCGGUACCGCACUGUCGUUGCCUCCGAAAAAGAAAGACAUCUACCGGCCGUACUCGUUGGACGAUAGGCCACCCCGGCCAAGUUAUGAGCUGAGAAUUCCGGCCGAGGAGGACCUGCAUGCCGCGCAUGCUAUCCUGGACCUGAGCGCUUCGACGGCUUUCCUACCUCCGCCGGCACCGCAUCAAAUUCUGGCCCAGCAGCAACCGCCCUCUCCCUCACACCAGCAACAACAUGCCACGAGUCCGACAGUCGUGCUAGUGCCCGCAAAAUCUUCCACCAGUGAUCCCGACCGACGGCCGUUGCAGACGCACCAGCAUCAGCAAUCGUCCCCACAUCCACUGCACCAGGCAACGUCACCACUUCCUCUACAGUCACCGCCGACAGUACCGCAUGCGUUGAGCUCUCCGGAACAGAAUGAGAACCGCAACAGCACCAACACCCUGCCCGGGUAUUCGUCGCACGACGGCAGCAUGGAUUCCUCCUCCGACGAGCUGCAGCAAUCGGCCGAAUCAUCCGACUCGGAGGGUAAGAAUGGGUCGAAAACGGUCGCCUACACGUACGAAGCAUUCUUCGUCAGUGAUGGACGAUCGAAGAAAAAGAUUGCCGAUCCGAAGACGGCCCUCGAGAACAAGGCGAAGUACACGUGCACGGAGUGUGGCAAACAAUACGCCACCUCCAGUAAUCUUUCGCGCCACAAACAAACUCACCGAAGUCUUGACUCUCAGUCGGCCAAGAAGUGUCACACCUGUGGCAAGGCGUACGUUUCCAUGCCCGCGCUGGCAAUGCACGUCCUAACGCACAAGCUGUCGCACAGUUGUGGUGUCUGCGGGAAGCUAUUCUCCCGGCCCUGGUUGCUGCAGGGUCACCUACGAUCACACACGGGCGAGAAGCCGUACGGAUGUGCCCACUGCGGUAAGGCGUUUGCCGACCGAUCGAACCUGCGUGCCCACAUGCAGACACACUCGAUCGACAAGAACUAUCAGUGCGGUCGAUGCCACAAAACGUUCGCGCUCAAAUCGUACCUCAACAAGCAUCUCGAGUCGGCCUGCUUUAAGGAGGAUGGUGCACCACAGUCGCCCCUAAUGUCACCCAUGUCACCCGGUUCGCUCGAUGGUUCCUCCAUGGAUGAGAUGCGAUCGACGCCACUCUCCGAUCGACGUCCGCCGAUGGCGCUCAAGCGCGAAAAGAACGUCGACAUCGAGGGCGACGAGUCGGACGAUGCGAUGCCCUGUCCGUCACCGAUGUCCCCGGUACCUCACGUCACCAUCAGCUCCAAUGCCGGUGCGAACGGUACGAGCAGUAUCUUUGUGAUGAAAAAUCUAGCCGCAAGUCGAUUGGCACUGACGACGGGCAACAGUACGGUGGCGAAUGGUAGCGUGUCCCCCAGUUCGGGGUUGGCAAAUGGGGCGGCUGCUGCUGCAGCAGCUGCCGCAGCAGCAGCGGCAGCGGCAGUACUCGGACCGGCCGCAAUCCUGACGACGGCGAACCAUCAGCACCAUCACCACGGUCACCACCAUCAGCAGCAUCACCAGCAUCACCUUCAUCAGCACGCGCAUCCAGCAUCGGCGGCAGCGGCUGCUGCUGCUGCAGCAGCGGCGGCAGCUGCAGCUGUACAGAUAAACGUCAACUUUGCCGGGUAACCGGUUGCGAUCGCGUACGAACAUCAACCAACCUGCAAGAAAUGAUCGCCUUCUGUGAAGUUUUCGUAAAUGUUCCUGAACGACCGGCAGAACUACAAAUGAACGUACCGCUGGAUGGCAAGCGUACUGAUUGCAUACAUUGAGGCGCUUGUUGCUAUGACCGGUCGAGCGUGUGGAACAACAAAAUCCAAAUGGAAUUGCGGUUCGUAAGUAGUCAUUUAAGCAUUUUAUUGUUUCCCUCUUCAAAUAACCUUUUCAUCAAACGUUAAACUUACAAGUGCAACAGAAAGAGAAGUAACUGCUUUAGAAAUGCAAACAAAACCACAACAACAACAAAAAAACACAGAACGUAGAACAUACUAAACUAGCAAAAAAAAACCUCUACGAACACAUCCUUCAAUAUAAGCAUAGUAAACAGACACACCUACACAAUCCUUUUGCGAAAUAGUGAUCCUAAAAACGAACGAUCAAUCUAUACCCCGCAUACGCAUACAAAACCACUAACGCAAACAGACAGGUGCAUUUUUGGAAGGGAAUGGCAAACGGAAGAACUAAUAACGACGCCCUUCUACUAGUCAUUACAAACCCCAUUAGUCAUGCAUAGAAACGUUUUAAAUGAACCUCUCUCUCUUUGAAACAAAAAAAAAUGCGCCGUAAACGAAAUUUGCAAAGAUUGAUUAACUGGAAGCAAGCUGGAGCUGGAUUCGAUACCUAAUGAAAC